AUGAAGCUCAUGACAACGCUCGUCGUCGCCGCGCUCGUGGGUCUGGCUUCCGCGACCAACCCAACCGUUGGGACGGAGCCCAACGCGCCAGCGCGGAACAACUUGCGCGGCGGCGACAACCGUAUGCCUCCGACGUCGCCGCUCGCCGCUACCAAGUCUGCGUCACCCCACACGCUGCACCACCACCCCUCGACGAGCCACCAGCCGACGGAAGCUGCCAUACCAGCGCGGCUAUCCGUCUCGACGUCUGAAUAUUCACACGAGCAGAGGCCGAAGGCAGCGGCAACGCCCAAGGCACGAUCGCCGCAGCACGACGAGUGGCACCCGGCAAUGAGCCACCCACCGACGACCGGGCCGCAGCAUGCAAUUCAUCGCGAGGCAUUCGACGGUGUUGACGCACAAGACGAUGUCAAACACCCGAGGAGAACUGCCACGCCGCCCAGCUCUCCUCACCACUCGCGUCAGCAGCACCCUGCAACAAGCCACCCGUCAAGCAUUGGCCGUAAGCCGACCGCACACGAGCAUGAGCGAGAGCCUGGUACUGUGGCGGGUGGGCGCGAGCUGCUCUCGGAGCCUCGUGAAGCAGCAGAGCCGAAUCGUGUGCCAGUGAAUGGGGCGCCGGCGGACAGCGCCCCCAAGUCGCCUCGCCACUCGCGACACCCGCGGAAGACCCACCCACCUACCUCUGCUCCGCCGAUGCCACGACCGGCGGCGGUGGUGCGCGAGUUUAUCGCGGAGAACGACCACCCGCAGCGACACCCGAAGCCAAGUAGGAAGCAUGACACCCCCGCGCCACCUCUUUCGCCGCACCACCAGCACUCCACGCAGCCGCCUGUUGAACGCUUCCACGCUUAG